AUGUCCUUUACAGCCUACUUCAGUUACCAAGCGAAUUUAAAACCUGCUUGGAAAACAUUCUACAUUUCGUAUCCGGAGCUGAAGAACGCGCUGCAUCAUAUUCGGGAUGAAAUGACAUUGAUGAAGGAAGAGCAAAAGAAGAAUAGGAGGCUGAGGAAAAUGCGUGGAAGUGGAAUUUUAGAACAACAUCAUCAUCAUUCGUCGAGCACUCUCGGCGGUUCCGCAACGGGAACGGAAGGAGCAGCUGCCGAUGAUCACGGAAUUGAAGAAGCGGAUGAAACUCGAGGAUUGUUGAGUCAUCAAAAUGACCAUACACUUCCCAAUACCCAAAACCUUGGGAAUAAUGCUCCGGAACAACAACAACACGAUGACUCUCAACCAGUGAUUAUGGAUGAUUACUUUUUCAGACUAGAAAUUGGAGAAAGUUUAAACAUGGAUAUUGAAAACUUCAAAGCCAUGUUUAAGAAGGAUAUUGAAACAGUUUUUAGCAAAUAUAAUUCAGAGCUCAAGCUCAUUAAUGAGAAAAUUUUGAGAACACAGAAAGAGCUAGCAGAGGCCAGGAUGAGGCCAUUCUUUAACAGCGAGUCAGGUCCAAAACUCAAGGAAAAGUUUGUUGCCAUCUACAGAGAAUUGGAGUUUUUAUACAGUUUUUUGCAUGUAAAUAGAAUUGCGAGUAAUAAUUUAUUAAUGAAAUUCGAAUUUUGCGGAGAGCAUUCACAAGAAUUGUACCAAUGGUACAAUGACCAACCAAAUGCAGAUUUCAACACCAACGAGUUGAAGCAUACGAUGGAAAGCGUGGAACAAAUUUUUGCAAAAUAUUUCACAUCAUCAGAUCAAACCAAGGCCCUUUCAUUUCUCAGAGAACCAUCGACCAAUCACACGCACGGAGACACUUUUAAAUUGGCUCUCUUCAUUGGAAUGGUUAUUCCCAUGUUUAUCAUUUUGGUUGCCAUGUGGUUUUUCAAGGAUCCUAACUAUGACCAAAUUCCUGGAUUUUUCGAUGUUUUACCCAUUUUCCGUUCGAUUGGUCUCUACAUAUUAUAUGGAUGGCUUUAUGGAAUUAAUUUAUUUGUGUGGGAAAGAUAUAAGGUGAAUUUUGCUUACUUGUUCGAGUUUGAUCCUGUGAAUCAUUUGAAAUCGAUCAAGAUUUGGAAAACUGCUAGUGUUUUGACAGUCUUUUGGUUUGUGUUCUUCUUCCUCUACUUGUCCACAGUGAAGGGCUAUUUAACCAUUCUAGAUGCAAAAUGGUAUCCUCUCAUCAUGGGUUUAAUGAUGAUAUUUAUUGCAGUGUUGCCAAUGCAUUUUGUUCACCUUAGUGCUCGAUAUACUCUCCUGAAAGUAUUAGGAAAGUUAUUAAUUACACCAUUUGGUCACAUUCGAUUCAGAGAGUUCUUUGUGGCUGACGUGUUAACCAGCAUGGUCAUUCCAAUUACUGACACAGCUUACAUGUUGUGUUAUUAUUUUUCAAAUUCUUGGAAUGGAGGUGAAAACAAGUGUCACGAUUUCAACAAAUUCCUUGCUCCAUGUCUGACCUUCCUUCCUUUCCUUUGGAGAAUGUUACAAUGCUGUAGAAGAUUUUAUGACGACCACACACAAAGAAGUCAAUUAUUGAAUGCUCUCAAAUAUGUUGCUGCACUGGUGGUCAUUCUUUUCAACACAUUACAUGCCAAUUUGGAAGAAAACGACUCGUGGGGUCCAUUCCGAUACAUUUGGAUCUUGGUGAUACCUGUCAGUACAUUCUACGCUUUCAGUUGGGACAUUCUCAUGGAUUGGGGAUUAUUCCGAGUGAAGAAAGUAAAACCAGAAGAACGAGCCCGCACCCAGUUAGAAGCCCUUAAAAAGUUUUUCACAGAACAAACGAUUUGUGGCUAUCGAUUUGCAAUGCGAGGAAGAAGACUCUAUGGAAGAUCCAAAGUGGUCUAUCGUAUUGCCAUUAUUUUCAAUUUAUUUGCAAGAUUUGCAUGGGCUGGAACCAUUUCUACCUUCUUCAAGAACAAUAAGGAGUCAUUGGCCAUCUUGUUCGGAAGUAUUGAACUCAUGAGAAGAUGUAGUUGGAGUAUCUUUCGUUUGGAAUGGGCUGCCAUUGCCAACGAUGAAGGAUGGCGUAAACAUAACUUUGUUCCUGGCAUACCCAUUUACAACAUGUAUAAACAACAGUAA